GAAUGGCCUACAUGUACCUGUAAAAAAUCUUGUUUUGGUGUGAAGUUUGAUGCCGGAAAAAAGCAAAAUAGAUUUGUCUUGUUUGUUGAUACACCUCGAAGUUCAAACUUAGAAGAAAUCAACUUGCAAGAAAAGCAGGGAUGAAGGUGUGCGAGAUGUUAUUGAGGGUGUAUUUUCAAUUAUGGAAAUUUGAGGAGAAACAUGAAACAUUACACCUCAAACUGAAUGGUUUGAUGAUUUUCCAUCCAAAAUUUGAUGGCAUGUCAUGUCAAGAUUUAACGCUCGUCGUUUUUGUUUUUUUCUUUUGCUCGUUUUUGUCGUCGUGGUUCUUCAAAUAUCACUCAAUAUUUUGCUCUUGUCUUGCAAGAAGGAAACGCAAAAUACCUUAAAACGAGACGUUGUUUCUGUGGUUAGGACGCGCAACCGGAUACAGUCUGCUCAUGACCAGAGACAUCCGCAUGGCACAGCUUAUUCAAACGACCAAGCGAAAAAUUACGUUGAAGACGUGACAUCUCAACUUGCUUCGUUAAAGGAGGAAAAUACCCAACUGAAGUUGCAACUAUCGGAAUUUAAGAAACUCGAGAAGAUCAUCAGUGCGCAAGAGUUCAGUGCAGUGAAAUCUGAGUCGUUCAAGAAGGGAUUUCUCAAAGAUAAAAGUGCGUCCGACGAGACUGCAGUCAAUUCGUUUGAUAGUUUUACACGUUAUGGUAUUUAUAGUGUAAACAAAGAUGGGUUGGUUGACCGACCGGCUAGAAGACCUAUGGGCGCCCGAAUCCAAGAGCAUGAAGAAAUAUUAAAGUUUGCUGUGGACGUUGUGAACGAUGAACUUCCGGGUGAACAUAAAGUGCAGCGACAUCAUUUAGUUAAUGGCAUCAGCAGAUUAAACCGUUUGACAGGAAUGGAGUAUGAUUUAAUUUUUAGCACUGGAAGAGCAAAUCUUUAUCAUCGAGUAAAAGUAAGACGACCUUUCUCGAAUAUUGAACUGGUGGAAAAUGUGGAAACCGUGGACAGUUCGAAAGAAAUCAUCAAUUUAAUUUUACCUCUUUCUGGAAGAACUGACAAAUUCGAGUUGUUUUUGAAACGCUUUGGCGAUGUUUGUGUUCGUUAUGAUGGCAGAGUUCAUCUUACCGUCGUUUAUUUCGGUGAGCAAAACCGCACGGUUGUGAAAAGCUUGCUUGAAGCGUUCGAGAAAAGAGAAAAAUUUCAUCAUUAUAAAAUAAUUUUCGAGGAGGGGCCUUUUUCUCGGGGUGUCGGCUUGCAGAGAGGCGUUAUUGCCUGGGAAAAAGGUAAUAACAUCAUGUUCUUUUGCGAUGUGGACGUGUUUUUCAAUCCUGAUUUCCUUGAAAGAUGUCGAUUGUACAGUGAACCCGGACAGAUGGUGUAUUAUCCAAUAGUAUUCAGUCUUUAUAACCCUAUCAUUGUCUACGACGGUCGACCUCCCGACAUUGAGAGGCGAAUGUAUAUUGGAAAGAACAAUGGAUUCUGGCGAGAUUUUGGUUUUGGCAUGACUUGCAUGUAUAGGAACGACUUCGUAGCGACGAAAGGAUUUGACACGACUAUACAAGGUUGGGGAAUGGAGGAUGUUAAAUUAUACAGGAAAUUUUUACUCACUGACCUAACAGUGAUACGAGCGACGGAUAGAGGUAUAUUUCACAUGUAUCAUCCGAAGAUAUGUGACUCAUCCUUGUCAUCCGAACAAUACAUGGCAUGCUUACGCAGUAAAUCCUUCACCGAAGCUUCGCACAAGCAAAUGGGAAUGCUGGCUUUUGGAUAUCGACUGUUCAGCAACCUUGAACCGGACUGGAGGACGCGAUUGACGUAUCAACCUGAUUUCUCGCUCCGCGAUACGAAAACAACCAAUAAGGAAGCACUAAGUUUAUGGAGGAGGGCCGAUAACUUAGAAAUUGAAAGUUUGGAGUUGGAAAACUUGAAUGCUCGAUUGAAAGCUAUAGCGAAUUUUACGAUGAAUGGAGAAGAAGUCCUAGACAACAAGGACGUUGUCUCUUUGCAGCGGUUGCAGAAUCGUCUCAAAAACUUUGCUCAACACGCCAAGGAUAUUGCACUUAACCUGGUCAAGAACAUUUCGGAUAACGGGGGAUAAAGUUUGGUAGAAUAAUCAAAUAUCAUCUACGUAAAUUACACAUAAAUAAAUGUGCGUAAUUACAAAGGUAGGGCAAGUACAACAUUGCUGGCUGAAAUCAUGUUAUAAUAAUUAAUAAUAAAAUUACUUUACAUUAUAUUUACAAUUAAAAAUAAUUAAGAAUGUUUUAUGCAGUGCGGUGUGAAAACAUGAAUAAAAAUAAAAAUAAUUAAAUUACGUCGUGACAGGAAAUUCAAUUUUGAAGUAGAAGGUUCGUGAAGACUGGUUCAAAUUUAAUGCUACAUAAUAUGCAAUGUCUUUGGUACAUUCCAUCGAUGAUUACUUUUUGAACGCGUACAAUCCUGGAAAACAGAAAACUAUAACUAGAGUGAUGGUUCGAAGAUGAUACACGUGACUCAAGACUGACUUUCGCAAGGCAGAUUUCAAUUGAAAGUAAAGUUGAUAUGAAAUGAGCGAGAGUGGGUGGAAUAGUUAGAAUACAAGAAUGCGCAAAAUAUUUUCCUUCCCUCCCCCCCCUCGAAUAUUCGUUCGACUUACAUUCAUCACCACUCUUGGGUUUAUCAGAAUGGAAAACCGAUCUCGGGAAAGUUUUGAAGCAACGUCUCUCUGACACGAGAAAUCGACUCGGGGAACAGCAGCAAACCACGCAUCAGUCCGUUUAUACCGUCGCUGAAGAAGAAAUAAAAAUCAUUAAUCCUCUAAUCAGAAGAUGAAAAUCAUUAAUCCUCUAAUCCGAAGAUGAAACAAAAUAAAUUUAAAGUGUCGAAUUCUUUGUGACUUAGCUGACAGACAAUCAAAGAAAGCUUCAAGGCAAAAAUAGACAAUGAAUGAAUCAGUAUUUCCUACUUUUUAAUCAAAGCUGAUAUUGUUGCGUCUGGUUGAUAUUCGACGAGGUAAAAUAUAGUACGAAGGCCAUUUGUUCGGAUUGCACAUUCCGUGCUCUGCAUAUGGAGGGAAAAUAUCAUGAUCAAAAGAUAAGAAAAAAUUUUCACUAAGCAGAAAUUGCAUCAUCGACUCACAUUGACAUGGGACGAGAUGAUCAGCGGCAAGUAUGAAACCUGAAAAAAAACCCAAGAGACAGUUAUGAAAAAUACUUCAUGCUUGUACAAUUACAAUAAAUCGUGUAACAACACGCCGCGAAUGACUAAAAUUUGGAUAAAAUCUAGGUGAAUGACUAAAAAAUUGGACAAAAGCUGGUGAAUGACUAAAAUUGGACAAAAGCUGCGUGAAUGAGCUAAAAUUGGACAAAAGCUGCGUGAAUGAGCUAAAAUUGGACAAAAGCUGCGUGAAUGAGGUAAAAUUGGACAAAAGCUGCGUGAAUGAGCUAAAAUUGGACAAAGCUGCGUGAAUGAGCUAAAAUUGGACAAAAGCUGCGUGAAUGAGCUAAAAUUGGACAAAAGCUGCGUGAAUGAGCUAAAAUUGGACAAAAGCUGCGUGAAUAAGCUAAAAUUGGACAAAAGCUGCGUGAAUGAGCUAAAAUUGGACAAAAGCUGAGUGAAUGACUAAAAAAUGGGACAAAAUCUAGGUGAAUGAACAAAAGCUGUGUGAAUGACUUCAAUUUGAACAAAAGAUCAAGUAAAAAGAGAUCAAGCAAUACCAAAAACCUUGAGUUCUCUUUGUGUUUAGAAAAAUUUGCCACAGCUCUUGAGACCUGUAACUUUCGGAUCACAAAUUAACAUUAACACGAGAGAAAUCAUUAUAAGAACUACUAUAUUUGUUACCUGAAUGUUAGAGUUCUCGGAAUGGGAGACAAUAAGGUUGCAAAUGAUGUCAAUAAAGUCCAAUAACGCCGACUAAACAGAGAAAAAAUAGUUUCGAUUCUCCAAACAACAUAAUUUGAUUCUCCAUUGAUAAACGUUUUCACCUCAAAGACCAUCAUAUACUUUUUGAAUUUUAGCGAUUUAAAAUUUAAAUACACAAAUUCUACACGAUACACAACUCUGUUUGAUUUGUAAGGGUCCUAAUUAUACACCUAGUGUCUACAGUCUACGUAAGAAAGAUCACCUGAACAUCUGGACAAACUGCAAGGUUGGCAAUCGCACAGACUCCAUUUGAAUAGACCUCAAAAAAAAAGGGAAGCAUUUUGAUUCUGACGUGAUUAAGAACUUUUCGGCAUGCAGAUAAAAGGGAACAGGUAAUACCUCGAGAUUUUUUGGACAGCGUUUCAAAGAGUUUUUGAUGCAAUUUCCACAGUAAUUAUCUUCCUAAAAAUAAUUUUACGAAAUGACAUACAUCAGGUGAAGACCAUGAAAUAUGUGACAAAGGACGGUGAAUAUUACUUCAAGAAUUUUUUUCGCAAUUCGUCAGUGGUACGAGCAAGAAGUGCCAAUAUGCGCAGCGAAACCUCUUGUACCUAGUUUCAAAAUGCUUUUAUAAAACAUAUUGACGUUUCUGGACAAUCUAAAUAUUCUUGACAAACACCUUUUCAUCGUUUGAUUUGGCUAUACGUAGCAUUGUUUGAAGACCAUUCUUGAAGUUCUGCAAAAUGAACGAAGUGUGACGUGGACAAGUACACUGACACGUGAUGAAAUAUGAUGAAACGUAAAGAUUUAUUGUGCAACAGAAUGACACGUGAUGAAAUAUGAUGAAAUGUAAAGAUGUGUAGUGAAACAGAAAUACAGUGUUAUAUAUCGAAUUAUAAAUAUCUUUAAAUAACAGUUAAAAAUUCUGGAUAUUCUUUGGUGGAGGGUAGGGUGGUUUCUUACAACGAAAUGCAUACUACAUGCAUUUACGUACUAAGUUGGACGGCUGUCUCUAUGCGAUCAAAAGAAGUCCUUUGAAUCCAAAUGAACACAAAUGAAGUCAAAAAGGCUUUUUUGAACAUUUACAGUAUCCUUGGAUGUUCUAGUUUCUUUUAUUAGAAGAAUUCUUGUGAUGAAAUGCAAAUUUUGAAAACAAAAAUCCCGUUUUCUGUCUAUUCCUCCCCGAUACCCCGAGAUAGUUGAGCACUAGAGCGUCUCAUGUUUAUUAAGAAAACCCGAUAAUCCUGUCUGCCAUGAAGCCCAUAGAUGGUUUGCUCGUGAGAGCGUUUACUCAGAAAGAUGUCACCAAUAAAACCAAUAAAAUACCAAUAAAAUUGUAUAAAACA